UCUUCCCUGUUCCGCCCCUACUAGAUGUCUCUGGUACUACUGUAUUCCCCUUGUCGCGUCUCUAGAACGACGUCCUUUCCGCCUUCCAUGGCCGCUACCACGGCGGCACUUCACCAAGCCCUCGCACCUUCCGCCGGGUCUUCUCACCAUGCGGCGCUCUCGCCGACUCCAAGCCGCAACGUCCAUCUCCCCGCCGGCAAUUUCUCGCAGUGCCUCGACUCGGCCAUGGCAAAGGCCGUCGUCGCGCCGCCCGAUACGAUGAACUCGAGGCUUCUCAACUCGCCGCACUCCGCCGCCUCACCGCGCCACACCUCGCCGCACACCUCGUCGCCGCGGCCUCCCCACCCCGCUAUCAUCGUGCCGCCGCUUGCCGCGCGCGCGGGAGCGGUGAGGGCGACCGCGACGGGGGAAGGCGGCGGGCAGGCGCACAAUGAUGCCGCCGCCGCCGCUGCCGCUGUGAGUCCAGCAGCGGAAGAUCAGAGCGACGGCGCCACCGACGGGGCGGCGGGGGGGAGCGCGGAGAGGUCGGGUGGGAGCGGCGGCGCGAUGGAGAUGAAGACGUGCCGACGAUGCCGCGCGGCGUAUGACCCCCGAUACAACCACGCACACGCGUGCAGGUACCAUCCUGCGCUGUUCACAGGAGGGGAGAGGGGCAAGGCAGUGGGUUUCACGAGAGCCAGCAGUCGUCCGGAGGACCAACUGAGCGUGGUGCACGGCACAGGGCUGCUCAGAUUCUGGGACUGCUGUGGCGCCAUGGAUGCCAGUGCACCGGGAUGCACGCAUGGACGCCAUGUGUCCUUUGAUGAGCUUGAAUAGCAGCUGCUGUUGAUUGGACUUGCAAAGCGUCUCUGCUGGGUUGCACCAAGAAAGGUGGACGAUAUGUGGUUGCUACCUGCCCUAAAUAACUCUGCUUGGUUUGGUAUGGGUAGGUGUAUCGCUCCAAGGCAAAUUCCAAUCAUGAUUGAGUACACCCCUGAAUAAUUCCUAUCUGCCGUGUAUCUUUUAUCUAAUCAAUUGAUGGUCGUUUG